AUGGCGGCCAACAGAAUACGGAGCAUGUUCCCCGUCGCCCCGCGCAAGGGCGAGACAUUCGAGUUAAGAACUGGAUUGAAUUCUCAGUUCGCUCACGAGAGGAAAGAUGCAAUUAGGAACACCAUUGCCGCCAUGACGUUAGGAAAGGAUGUCUCAGCACUAUUUCCUGACAUUAUCAAGAAUAUGGCCACGAGUGAUCUAGAUCAGAAGAAGCUUGUCUACCUAUACCUAAUGAACUAUGCAAAAACUCACCCAGACCUCUGUAUCCUAGCUGUUAAUACUUUUGUCCAGGACUCCGAAGACCCGAAUCCAUUGAUAAGAGCGCUUGCUAUUAGAACGAUGGGAUGUAUUCGGGUGGAUAAGAUUGUGGAUUACAUGGAGGAACCGUUACGAAAGACUUUGAAGGAUGAAAGUCCUUAUGUGCGAAAAACGGCAGCAAUUUGUGUAGCGAAGCUCUUUGAUCUUAAUCAGUCCUUAUGCUUGGAGAACGGUUUUUUAACAACGCUUCAAGAGUUGAUUGGCGACUCAAACCCAAUGGUUGUUGCAAAUUCCGUAACAGCACUUGCAGAAAUCAUGGAGGCAGCACCGGAAACCGAAGCCCUUCUUGUCACGCCCGCAACCUUGAAAAAACUUCUCAUGGCUCUGAACGAGUGUACUGAAUGGGGACGCAUCACAAUUCUAACAACUUUGGCUGAGUACAAAGCGCAAGAUGUCAAGGAAGCGGAACACAUCUGUGAAAGAGUUGUUCCCCAAUUUCAGCACGUAAAUCCUAGCGUAGUAUUGGCCGCUGUAAAGGUUAUCUUUUUGCAUAUGAAAGUAAUCAGCCCCGAGCUCUGUCGGCAAUAUAUUAGAAAGAUGGCGCCUCCUCUUGUUACUCUUGUUUCAUCUCAACCAGAGGUUCAAUAUGUUGCGUUGCGAAACAUCAAUCUUUUACUUCAGAAGCAGCCAGAUAUCCUCACGAAGGAAAUGCGGGUUUUCUUCUGUAAGUAUAAUGAUCCUCCGUACGUCAAGUUAGAAAAACUCGAGAUCAUGAUCCGGAUUGCCAAUGAGAAGAAUGUUGAUCAACUUCUCAUGGAGCUUAAGGAAUAUGCUCUUGAAGUAGACAUGGAUUUUGUACGAAGAGCUGUGAAAGCGAUUGGGCAAACAGCUAUCAAAAUUGAUGCUGCUGCGGAACGAUGUGUUAAUGUUCUACUCGAGUUAAUUAACACUAAAGUAAACUACGUGGUUCAAGAGGCCAUUGUAGUUAUCAAGGAUAUUUUCCGGAAAUAUCCUGGCUAUGAGGGCAUUAUUCCGACACUGUGUAAGAGUUUGGAUGAACUCGACGAGCCGAACGCUAGGGGGUCUCUCAUUUGGAUUAUUGGAGAGUAUGCUGAGAAGAUCAACAAUGCCGACGAGCUUCUAGAAACCUUUAUGGAAGGUUUCAAAGAUGAGUACACACAAGUUCAAUUACAGCUUUUGACUGCAGCUGUGAAGUUAUUCUUGAAAAAGCCUCAAUCGCAAGCACUCGUGCAGAAAGUGCUCCAAUGUGCAACAGCGGAGUGCGACAACCCGGAUAUCCGGGAUCGAGCCUACGUAUAUUGGAGAUUGCUUUCGAAGGACCCGGAGGUGGCAAAGGCCAUCAUUCUUUCUGACAAACCCCCAAUCACUUCAACAAUACAGUCUCUUCCAAUGGGACUUCUCGAUCAGUUACUUGGAGAGAUUUCGACACUAGCAUCUGUCUAUCACAAGCCACCAGAGACAUUUGUUGGACAAGGACGAUUCGGAGCCGAUGCGGUGCAAAAGAGAGCCAUUGAGGAAUUACAACGAGACGCUCGCGAGAACCCAAUACAAGCAUCGGCGGCAGCCAAAGAGGGCCAAAAUGUGGAAAAUCUGCUGGACAUUGACUUUGACGGAGCCGUACCAGCCAGUGCAGAGGCGUCAGGUGCAGGAGGCCUAGAAAGUCUUGUUUCUGAUACACCGGUGCGCGCCGCCUCACCAAUGUCUCCAACCACGGGCCCAGGCAACGGGCUGAACGGAUUCGAGGGAUUAAACCUUGGAGGGUCACCACCGCCACCACCACAGCAGCAGAAGAAGAGUACAAAUGAAGAUAUAUUGGGAUUGUUCUAG